CAAGCUGCCACUGAGUGGAACCCGACGAGUGCUCUUGCGGAAAAGGAAAGGGGUCGUUGGACGAUUUUGUAACCAUCGACGUACUUGUCGUCUCAUGAUCAUAAUCUAUGUGAUCCUUUCAGCAUGAUGACGGAUAACCCCAGUAGUCUAUCCGUGGGAAUGGACGGAUCCUGAUCUGGCUAGGCACUAUAUAAAAAGGACACAAACAUGGGGGUGUCCUUUGGGCAAAAGCAUAGUUCCCCAGAGGAGGAGAAGGAUGUUCCAGUGCUCGACAAGGCGAGGAGAGCAUCUCGGAGGGAUUACGGCAGUAUUGGCGGGGAGGACUCCUUGGACUGCCCCACUUGUCAGGGUACAGGACGCAUCCCACGAGGCCUGGAGAAAAAGCUGGUGGCAGUCAUUCCAUGCAGUGACCAGAGGCUGAAGCCGCCACAGACGAAGCGCUAUGUCUGCAUAUCCGUGCUGCUGUGCCUCGUAGUCUGUAUGUUAGUCCUCUUCUUCCUCUUCCCGCGGACUGUUUCACUUUCCCCUAUGGCCAUCAAAUCUGUCCUGGUGUACUUCUCUCCAGCCACGGUCAAUAUGACUGUCAAAAACAUUAUUAACAUCAGCAAUGAGAACUUUGUCACCGUGGAGGCCCACAAUCUGGACUUGCAGGUUUUGAUCGUCGACACCAUUGUUGGAAAAUUCAAGAUUAGCAAUGUUACUACAGUGAAACCACGCUCAGUUAAGCCGUAUGAGUAUGACAUCCUUGUCUCAAUUGACGACCCUGGACUGAAUGAAUAUUGCAGAAAAACAUCAAUCCGAAUCCACACCUUGUUUUUGCAUCUGCAAAUCAAAAUGACUGUGUACUAUCUCGCUCAUUCUGAGCAGCUGUCCUUGGACACCUAUGAAUAUGUUGACUGUGGAACAAACACAACUGUCCCCCACAUUAUUCAGGCCAUGUGACCUUGAGGUUGGGAAAACAGCGGCUGUGGGGGGGGCUAGUGACCCCCCCUGUUUCAGGCAGUAAUACCGAACUCUGUACUUAAAGUGCAAAAGAAUUUUUGCCUUGUAAGGGAAUUUUAAAAGCAAAGAUUGUUUUUAAACCAGGGCAGGAAACAUCUGACUUUUCAUGCCAAGAUGGCUUGUUGACAUAGUGCAUUUUCUUAGGGAGGAAAUUUCUCUGAAAUAACUGAAAUAUACCUGGUACCGCCUCCAUAGCAGUUAUAUGCAUGUCCAAUGUAUCAGCAAGUUGUAUCCAUAAUGUAUUGGUAGCCUUUCCAAGCCAUUAAUGUAAACCUGAAUUGGUAUAUUAGCACCUGGGUGUGGCUAAUCGUCCUUCGAUAAGUUCUGCUUUAAGACCAUUUCCUGUUUCUGCUGUCCUUUGUUAUAUCUGCUAAUAUUCUCAUUCAUGGAGCAUAACUCGAAGUGAGAAAUUUUGUUUGAAAAGUUUGAUUUCCUUUUUUUCAUAUAGGGAAGUGAAAAUGAUGACUCUGUGGUGCUGAUUACUGCUACUUAAAUGUGUUUAGAAGAGACUAAAAGAACCAAGUAUAUAGUGUUUUAAGAGUGGGUUUAGGAGAGAAUAAAAGAACCAAGUAUACUGUGUUGUAAAAGUGUGUUUAGGAGGAACUAAAAGAAUCAAGCGCAGUGUCGUUAUCGUGUAACUGACAGUUAACCUGAAAUUUGCAGUUUAUCAUGCUAGCCACAAGGUGGAGCCAUCUUUUUUUCCUCUGUCACUGUUUUCCAUUUUGAAUGAUUUUUAAUAUAUUGUGGUUGUCUGGUGGUGUCUGUUUAAAUUUUCUGUAUUUUCCAUGUAACAUUAUCAUAAUCAACCACCUUUAUAUCUUUCAAAUGCGGAAGUUGUUGAAAUUAUUUUUUCCGUCAGUUAUUUUUUUACACAUUUUUACAUCAGUAAUGAUCCAGAUGAUGAUAUGAGGGAAAUGUUAUUUUGUUACUUCCUGGCUAUAAGAUUAACUUCCUCUGUUACCUGUCAAUAAACUGAAUGUUUUUAAGA